CGUUACUAGCUCUUCAAGUAAAGGAACUAGGGAUACGGUUAAUAGCCAAAAAUUAAAUUUUGAAUCACUUGACAAUUUGAUGGCUGACCUUGGAGAUAUUAUUGGUCAUAAAAAACAAAACUCUAUAGAACGGAUGAAAUCCGAUUAUGAAUUUCAACUAGCUACUUUAAAAAAACGAGUACAUGACCUAGAAUCCGAACUAGCGGAGAGUGUAAAUUCCAAUGGAAACAGCCGAAUACGUAGUCUUGAAAACCAAUUAGAAGAAUUAUUGAAAAUAAAUGAUCAACAGAAGUCUCAACUGGUACUAUUGGAAAAAGAAGUUAUUAAAUUAAAUGAUGAACGUCAACAGCAACUAGAGAUUACCAAUGAUGUGAAAAAAGAGGCAACGUCUUUAUUAGAAGAAAUCAAAAAACUUUCGAUGAAAAAUGAAGAACUAUCUUCAGAAAAGGAACAUGACAGUGCCAAAAUCAAAUCUUUGACAAAAGCAGACUACUUGGAACGUCAAACUGAAUCCAUAGUUCAGGCAAUUCAAACGCUUCUAGGUUCUAUUCGAAAUGGGUCGUAUGUUAAUGAACUUUCCGAAAAUAUCGCCAAUAUUGUCACGAUCGUUGCUAGUGUUAUUUCAACGUGUCAAAACUUUUUUGGAUCAUCAUCUGGUGGUCUUUAUCGUUUACGUGGAGACCCUAUACUAAAAGAUCUGGAGAAUGGUGUUAACAAAUUGGGAGAGAUGCGAGAAGCAAUAAAAAAUGAUGGUGAAAGUUUUAUGAGCAAUAAGGUUUCUAAGCAACGACUUGCUAGUGCAUCUUUUGACAUUGCCAAAUUUACAAAAGAGUUAGUGGGGUUAUUUGAAUAA